AUGAACCUAAACCUGUAUAAGCCCAAUGUAAAUUUAAUACUAUUCACCUUGGAGUCCGUGAACAAGGGCCACCCCGACAAUCUCUGCGACCAGAUCUCCGAUGCUGUUAUUGAUGCCUGCCUUGAGCAGGACCCUAACAGCAAGGUCGCCUGUGAGACCUGCGCCAAGACCAACAUGGUCAUGGGCUUCGGUGAGAUCACCACUAAGGCCAAUGUUGACUAUGAGAAGAUCGUGCGUGACACCUGCCGCUCGGUUGGGUUCGUCUCCGAUGAUGUUGGGCUCGACACUGACAACUGCAAGGUCCUCGUGAACAUUGACCAGCAGAGCCCUGACAUUGCCCAGGGCGUGCACGGUCACCUCACCAAGCGACCUGAGGAGAUUGGUGCCGGUGAUCAGGGUCACAUGUCCGAUUUCUUUGCUGCUGCUGGAACAGCUAUCAGCACUAUCCUGGCUUGAGAUCAAUCCCCUAAUAUUUGCUUAAUUUCAUAUACACGGAUUGCCAUUUUUUGGUUUUUUAUUUUUUUUUCUACGCCCACCGUAUUAGCGUUAAUCAUGGUACCAAUGUACUGUCAAUGCAAUGAUAUGAUGAACGAGAAUUUUGUGAGCAGCAACUGAAUCGAGCAACUGAAUCGAGUAUUGCCGAAGCGAACCCC